UGCACUAUAUUCGGGGCGUGUCUAUCUAGCUCCUACGAUGUCACAACGUACCCUAUAACUUUCAUACGUACGCUUUGAAACAACGACAGCAUCAAAAGGCUGAAGUGUGGAAAGAAAUAGCUUGCAAAUCAAUCUGUUGCUGACCGCUGUGGAAAUAUUGACAUCAGGAAAUUUUACUCCUGUGACAGGGUCCAACCAAAUCCAGACAAGAUGAACGUGUUCGAUCGAAGUAUAAAUUUUGAUUCCCUUUUUAAAUUUUCCCAAAUCUCCCACUCCACUCAGCUGCACCUGAAGAAUGUCUACUCCAGCCUGGCCCUGUGCAUGUUUGUGGCUGCAGCAGGAGCCUACGUCCACGUCGUCACCAGGCUCUUCCAGGGUGGGAUGUUGACCAUGCUGGGCUCCCUGGCCAUGAUGGCUUGGCUGGCUAUGACUCCCCACAGCCCUCUGACUGAGAAGAAGAGACUGGCCAUCCUCUCUGGUUUUGCCUUCUUCACAGGUGUUGGUUUGGGCCCAACCAUGGAUUAUGUCAUCUCUAUUAACCCAAGCAUCAUUGUGACAGCUUUCCUGGGGACCUCAAUCAUCUUUUUGUGCUUCACGCUGAGUGCCCUCUACGCCCAGCGCAGGAGCUACCUCUUCCUUGGAGGUACUCUAAUGUCCGGACUGUCCAUCCUGCUCCUGGUCUCUUUCCUCAACAUGUUCCUGGGGUCUGUCAUGUUGUUUACGGCUCACAUGUACCUCGGUCUGGUCAUCAUGUGUGGAUUUGUGCUGUUUGACACUCAACUCAUCAUUGAGAAGGCUGAGAUGGGAGACAAAGACUACAUCUGGCACUCUGUGGAUCUCUUCUUGGACUUUGUGACCAUCUUCAGGAAGCUCAUGGUUAUUCUGGCCAUGAAUGAGAAGCAGGACAACAAGAAGAAGGAGAAGAAGUAAAUGUGGAGGAAUGCAAGCAAAUAAAAGAUCUGUGACUUGGAAUUGCUUCAGGAGUGCUUCUGGUGCAUUCACAUAACUGCUUAAUUAUUCAAAUUAUUUAGACCAUGUUUGAUUUUGUACUUUGAUAUAGUGUCUUAAUUGUUAGGAAUCGAUUGGUUUGGAAUUUGGCUUUGGCGUAAGGUUUGACGUUUUUAAAAGUUGAUGUUAAGGUUUUAGAUGUCCCUGUGUCUUAGAAUUUUUUUUUACUCCCAUUUUGAAGGGAUGGUGUAGUUAACUAACAUACUUAUUUCGAUAGUUAUUUUUGCAUUGUCAAGUAACGAUUUGAGACAAUUUGUUAUUUUCUCUUCCAUCUGAUUAAGCAGGAAAUCAAUGCCUCAAAUAAUUUUAAUAUGGCCACUUUUUAUAUACCAACUGAUUAAAGUACAGUAUCAGUUUGGAGUUGUGGUGAGGUUGUUAAUUCUGUGAAUAUUAUCUGUCCAUUUGGGAAUUCUGCCAUUUUAAAUAAGCCACACACUAUAUUAGUCUCAAUUAUGACAUCACAGGCUUUUUGUUGCGAUGCGUAAUGACGAACAUGAUGCAUUUGUAAAGUGGACAUUUACAUGGGGUAUCAUUUAUUAGCAAAUGACAAAUAUUACUAGUGCUUUUACAGUACAAUCCCUUUCUACUGAAGUCAUGCAUUCGUAACAUUUCCCCUUGAAUGAUCAGAGUAAUUUAAGACAUUGAUUCUCUCUGUGAGGCUGCUCUAACCAGUCUUUCUGUUGUAGUUUGUGCCAAUAGGGGAUCUUGUCAGUUUGUUUUAAUAAGAUGCAAAUGAUAGAGCAGACAGAUUUGCAUCUUCGAUGUUAAAUAUUCAGACCUUGCACGGACUCAUCUAUUGAAACAUAAAUGACAUUUUUCAAUGUAAUUGCUGGUGGUGUCGUCUGCUAUGGUGUCAAGAAAGUGAUGUUUUAUGGAUGGACUUGUAUUGAGAAGUGUAAUAUAUUUUCCUGAUAAUGAAUUUUGUCAAACUUGUUCUCUUUUUACUACUAACAAAGAUUCAGUGCUUGAAAUAGAGGUGCUCAGUAGAGAAUCUGUGUUUCAUGUAAUUAGGUGACAUGAAAUAAAUCCCACUAAUCUUCAUGUUAUUCCCUAUGUGCAGGGGUAACAACAUUUAUUUUCAAGGUGCACUUCGUUUUAUUGAGAGAAUCUCCUGUGACAGGGGUUACGGGAUUAAUUGAGAAGGUAUGGCAGUACUGCCAAAGUCAAUUAACUCACUGAAUCACAUGGCAUAGCAUCCAGUUACCAGUCAGAACGUAUCCUCAUCUGCCCAGUAAUAGCUUUGCUAAAAGAUUAGCCAUUACAAAUGUUUCAACCUCUCGCUUGAUGUUGGUAAUCUAGAUGACGUGAAAUGUACUUUUUCUGAUAUGGGUCGUAGUCCUUUUUUUAAAUUUGAACCUUUUUAAUUGAAUGACAUUGAACAGAUAAUCUGGCAGUCAAACAUCCUCUGCUAUGCAGCUCAAGGCUUUAUUUUCUUAGAAGUGCCAAUAACAAUACAAGUUUACCAAACUAAUCACCUGUUGUUGCUUUUCAACUGAGGAUUUUACGGUUUAAAAAAUGAAAUAACUGCAUAUCUUAUACUGUGAAAUUUGUUUUGCUUUUAUGGGAAUUACUUUUGUAAUUCUGCUACAUUUAAUGUAAUUUAAAUUUGUUAAAAUAAAGUUUGAUUAAGUCAAUGACA